AAAAAUUAAAAACUUCAGUGAGUGUGCACAAAGCUGCGUGUGUAUUGUAAGCGUGUGUUCUUUGGCAUUCCUGUGCACUCUUUAGAGUUGAGCACAUAGUUACAAAAGCCCCAUUGUGAAGUCACUCUUACAGAGUUGGUCUGCAGAGCUUUGGUUAGUGUGGGCAGGCAUAUGCUUGGAUGGGUAGCUGGGAGGUGGCAGUGUGUGGAGAACGGGUCACAGAAAUGAAUAGACCCCAGUGUGUGCAGCCAGACCUCAGACUGCCGAGCAGGACUCAAAACUCAAAAUGGGCUCAGCUGUUGCUGCACUUCUUUUCUUUUCCAUCAUCUUUGUGAACCUGAUUCCUACCUCUCCCAUGAAGGAACAGCGACCUUUCCAGGUUGCAGAUGAAGGUGGUUGGGUAGCUCUGGGGAAGAGCAGAAAGCGAAUAAUCCCAGUACUUCACACCCAAGAGCCCAGUCCCAUAUUUGAGGCUUACAGCUACUGCAACAUUCCUAACCACACUGAACAGGCUUGGGAAGGUCACAGUCCUCCUGACUACAAACUGCUGUCCGUUCAAGUGAUGAUUCGACAUGGUGACCGCUACCCUCUUUACUCCAUCCCCAAGACCAAGCGACCAGCCAUCGACUGCACCCUUUCCACCAGCAGACAACCUUCCCACCCGCUGCUGAACUCCUUCGUUACUCACAUGGGUCAAGGAGGUCAUGGCCACUGGAAACCACCGUUGAGUUCUGUUUCUCGCUUCCCCAAUCAUAGUGAAUGUGAAAUAGGAGAGCUCACACAGACAGGUGUGGUGCAACACCUUCGCAAUGGACAGCUCCUCCACAAUGCCUACAAACAUCACAGUCUCCUCCCUAUCAACUGGUCACCUCGACAGGUGUGGGUAGAGACUACCGGGAAAAGCCGUACUCUCCAAAGUGGUUUGGCUUUUCUCUACGGUUUCCUUCCAAACUUUGACUGGACCAAGCUAAGCGUUAAUCAUCAGUGGAGCACAUUGUUCUGUGGAUCGACGUGCGACUGCCCUGCCAGGAACAGAUACUUGGAGGAUGAGCAGAGACGGCAGUAUCAGCUCCGAUUGGCCAACGACAACCUCGAUAAGACAUACGCUGACAUGGCGCGGACUUUGGGUCUUCCGACUCGCCAGCUUAGAGCUGCAAACCCUAUAGACUCACUGUUGUGCCACCUUUGCCACGGCCUUCCUUUCCCAUGCGUUCCUCCUGGAGACAGUGGCACUGGUGGAUGCCUGACCAUGGCACAAUUUGCCGUCAUCCGGCAGCAGCAGUUAGAUGACGAGGCUGAUCGGAGAAGAGUGGGUCUGUAUCGUAAAUAUGCCACCCUUGCCAUGUAUCCCUACCUCAAUCGAACUGCUGCCAAGAUGGAACGGGUUGCCAAGGCCAGUGAGUCAGGCCGGCAGCCUCGUGUAGGAGGUGAGGAGGUCUUCUCCCUCUCUUCAGCCCACGAUGUCACUAUGGCUCCUUUGCUUAGUGCCCUUGGACUGGAAAAUGCCAGGUUUCCACGGUUUGCAGCAAGAAUAGUUUUUGAAUUGUGGAAGAGUCCUGCUGUCGUUCAAGGCCAGGCAAAAAAAAGAGCAAAGAAUGGUGAGAAGUCAAAAUCAAGAGAUGGGGAUUUUUUCCUCAGAGUUCUGUAUAAUGGCGAGGAUGUGACCUUUCAUACCGCCUUCUGUCACUCCCAUGACCGUUACAUGAGCCAACCACUCUGUCCACUGGGAAACUUUCUGACCUUUGUCAGAAGAGACAUGUUCAGUACUGUCAAUGCCACUUCCUACAAAGAGGCCUGCUACAGGCCCUCAGGUUAACAAAUGGCGAUCAGGGUCACUGAAUAAGGAUGCACAUUGGUCAAAUGAGUGUGGUUUCUCAUUUUGAGGAGACUUCAGACUUAUGCUGCUCAUUAUGUCUUACAUCUUUUGAAACUAAUCCUCCACAUUCCUGAGCUGUAAUGAGUGGGAAGCAGGUUCAGUAAUGUUUUUGAGAUUGUGGAGUCUUGAGGUUCUAAUCCAGUAUAGCCUCAGCCCAAUCAGCUCUUGAGUGUUGUUUUUCUAAGUGCAUGUCUAAUAGAUGAACAACUCAAGGGAAUUUGUAUUGCACUUAGCCACUUUAUUCCUGCAUUCCGUAAAAUAGCAAAAUUGUAAACAUUUUUUUUCAUUCCCAAAUAUAUUCCUGUAAUACACUCCUUAUCAAAAUUUUAAGACUAUUUGGAAAAAAGGCAAGAAUCCACGUUUUGCACUCUCAGAUUGUAAGAAGGUUCUAAGUGGAGUUUUAAAAUGCAAAAAGAAAAAAUCUGAGUAAGCAUUUUAUUGCAAAUGAGUAUUAAACUAAAGUAGGCUGUUCAUCAGCUGAUCAAAAGUUUAAGACCAUAUCUCAAAAAAAACUCCAAACUGCUCUAAAAUAGAAAUAAAAUAUGAAAAAAAGGACUCAGUAUUGAGUAGCUGAGCCAUUCUUGUUAAUCACCUCAAAAAUUGUCUCAGCAUGCUUGAUGCUAGUGUUUUCAGGAAGCUAAAGGAAAUGUUGCUGCAAGUGAUGAAGAUAGCUUCAUAGAGGGCAUCCACUGUCUGGAACUGGUGUCCAUUUUUGUAAACUUCACUUUCCAUCCAACCCCAAAUAUUCUCAAUUGUAUUUAGAUCAGGGAAACAGGCAGAAUGGUCCAAAAGAGUGAUGUUAUUCUCUAGAAGAAGUCCUUUGUCAGGCGGGCAUUGUUGAACUGCUGCAUUGUCCUGUUGAAAAACCCAGUUAUUACCACACAGACGAUGGCCUUCAGUCAUGAGGGAUAUACCCACUGCAACAUCUCCACAUAGCCAGCUGCUGUUUGAUGCCUCUGCAAAACCUGAAGCUCCAUUGAAGGAAAAAGCCCCCAGAUCAUGAUGGUGCCCCCUCCUCUGUGUCGUGUAGAAAACAAGUGAGGAGGGAUCUAAUGUUGGUAGCCAUCAGGACCGUUAAAGUGAAUUUUUUUUCUCAUCAAAGUAUAAAACUUUCUUCCACCUUU